AUGAAACUCCUUGAUCCCCCUCAGAUGCGACAUUAUUCAGAUGCGAUUAUUAAUUUCAUGUGCAGUGGGUUUGGGUAUGAUCAUAAAUCAGAUGACUACAAAGUUGUGAGAAUCUUCGAUUACUUGUAUCAUUAUUGUACAGUGAAGAUGAAGAACCCGUGUCGUUAUUGUAGAGGAGGAGGGAAAACAGAGAUGAAAGUUGAGGUGUUUUCACUCAAAACGGAUUCCUGGAAGCAGAUUAAAGUAGCUGCUGAUUUUGAUUUAGAUGGCAUCUCGUCUUCUUCGUGUAAUGUUAAUGGAUCUUAUUAUUGGAUAAAAUUAAAUCAUAGGGAUGAUACACUAUUUCACUAUAGUGUUGUAUCAUUUGAUUUUACUCGUGAAUGCUUCUCCAACAUCAGUUUACCACCAAUACACAAGGACAAGGAGCAUGACAUUCUUGUCAAGGUUCAUGAUGACAUGGUGGGUGUUAUCCGCUAUGAGAGGGCAUCACAGAGUUUUGGAGUUGUUACCACUUUUCGGCUUCUGGUAUUGAAAGAGAGCUCGUGGAUUCCUUGGGUUUGUGUUGAUCUAUGUGAUGUUGAGAGGCCGCUGAUGUUGCACCAAGGUCGAUUUUUGUUUUUAAAGAAAAAAAAUUCUGAGGGGAUGGAGCAACUAGUAGUUUAUGAUUUGGAAACCAAGAAGUUGGAGGAUCUGGAUAUAUAUGAUUAUUUGUAUUUGGUGUUGUGUUUGGCAAGUGCUGCGGAGGGGAUUAUUUAUAGUGAAGGAAUUGGAGGUGGUAGGUGA